GGGACCGUAUGUGGCAUAGAAUGCUGUCCUCGCAGGGGUGGCCCUCAGAGGGCCAUGCUUCGAAGGGCGCUGCGGCUCGGCUUGGGCCGGGGCCUCUUGGGCCGGGGGCUAGGCACAUGGAGAGGAGACUCUACUCUGGACUGGGAUGGAAAGGUGUCCGACAUUAAGAAGAAGAUCCAGUCAGUCCUUCCUGGAGGGGCCUGGAAUCCAUUGUAUGACACCAGCCACCUACCCCCCGAACACUCGGAUGUGGUGAUUGUAGGGGGUGGGGUGCUCGGCCUGUCCGUGGCCUAUUGGCUGAAGAGGUUGGAGAAGCGACGAGGUGCCAUUCAGGUGCUGGUGGUGGAACGGGACUACACGUAUUCCCAGGCCUCCACCGGGCUUUCUGUGGGUGGGAUUCGUCAGCAGUUCUCGUUGCCUGAGAACAUCCAGCUCUCCCUCUUUUCAGUCGACUUUCUACGGAAUAUCAAUGAGUACCUGGCUGUAGUCGAUGACCCUCCCCUGGACCUCCAGUUCAACCCCUCAGGUUAUCUUUUGCUGGCUUCAGAAAAGGGUGCUGCGAUCAUGGAGAACAAUGUGAAAGUGCAGAGGCAGGAAGGAGCCAAAGUUUGUCUGAUGUCUCCGGAGCAGCUUCGGAACAAGUUCCCCUGGAUAAACACAGAGGGAGUGGCUUUGGCAUCUUAUGGGUUGGAGGACGAAGGUUGGUUUGACCCUUGGUGUCUGCUCCAGGGUCUCCGGCGAAAGGUGCAGUCCAUGGGGGUCCUGUUCUGCCAUGGAGAGGUGACACGUUUCAUCUCUUCAUCUAACCGCAUGGAGACUGCAAGUGGGGAAGAGGUGACUUUGAAAAGGAUCCAUGAAGUUCAUGUGAAGAUGGACCGCAGCCUGGAGUACCAGCCUGUGGAAUGUGCCAUAGUGAUCAACGCAGCAGGGGCCUGGUCUGGGCAAAUUGCAGAGCUGGCUGGUAUCGGGAAGGGGCCGCCUGGCACCCUGCAGGGCACCAAGCUACCUGUGGAGCCGAGGAAAAGGUAUGUGUACUUAUGGCACUGCCCCCAGGGACCAGGCCUGGAGACGCCAUUCGUUAUAGACAGCAGCGGAGCCUAUUUCCGCCGAGAAGGAUUAGGCAACAACUACCUGGGCAGCUGCAGCCCCACUGAGGAGGAGGAACCAGACCCAGGGAACCUGGAAGUGGACCAUGGCUUCUUCCAGGACAAGGUGUGGCCCCAUUUGGCCCAGAGGGUACCAGCUUUUGAGACUCUGAAGGUUCGGAGUGCUUGGGCUGGCUAUUACGACUACAACACCUUUGACCAGAAUGGCGUGGUGGGCCCCCACCCACUAGUCGUCAACAUGUACUUUGCUACGGGCUUCAGUGGCCAUGGGCUCCAGCAGGCUCCUGCCGUGGGACGAGCUGUGGCAGAGAUGGUGCUGGAGGGCAGCUUCCAAACCAUUGACCUGAACCCCUUCCUCUUCAGUCGCUUUUACUUGGGAGAGAAGGUCCAGGAGCACAAUAUCAUCUGAGCCCGUCAACCUGCCCCCAUGUGGCUGGGUGUGCAGGCAGACUGCAGACUCUGAGGUUCUGCGCCGGAGGCCCAGGCUAAAAAGAAUGAUGGCAUGGGAUCCUAGGACUGAUCCCUGACCCAGGCUGCUGCCACCCACCAAGGUAGUCCAGCUGGACAGAACACCUCAGAGCUCCUGAGGACCAUGGUCCAAGACUGGCUCCUUCCUAGUGCUGACCCAGAAAGAUGGCCUCUGCCCCUCUUGGCAAACCCCAGCAGAGCCAGGCAGGGAGCACUCUGGGGCAGCUUGGCCCAGAUUUACUGACAUGUCUACCUUGUUUAUCAAUCAAUAAAUGUGAUUAACUCCUUC